GCUGCCGACACGUGUAUGAGUAGAGGAGCUUGUACUGAUGGAGAUCCCACCGUUACGUGCGUAUGUGAUGCUGGCUACACUGGGAGUACCUGUGAAAUUGUCCUUUGUGCUGCCGACUCGUGUAUGAGUAGAGGAUUUUGUACUGCUGGAGAUCCCACCGUUACGUGCGUAUGUGAUGCUGGCUACACUGGGAGUACCUGUGAAAUUGUCCUUUGUGCUGCCGACUCGUGUAUGAGUAGAGGAUCUUGUACUGCUGGAGAUCCAACCGUUACGUGCGUAUGUGAUGCUGGCUACACUGGGAGUACCUGUGAAAUUGUCCUUUGUGCUGCCGACUCGUGUAUGAGUAGAGGAUCUUGUACUGCUGGAGAUCCCACCGUUACGUGCGUAUGUGAUGCUGGCUACACUGGGAGUACCUGUGAAAUUGUCCUUUGUGCUGCCGACUCGUGUAUGAGUAGAGGAUCUUGUACUGCUGGAGAUCCCACCGUUACGUGCGUAUGUGAUGCUGGCUACACUGGGAGUACCUGUGAAAUUGGUAAGCUUUAG